AUGAAUGAUGAGUUCCGUAUGAAAGAUCUUGGACGUCUAAGCUAUUUCCUUGGUCUGCAGGCUCACUAUCACACCACAUGCCUCUUUCUCAACCAACAUAAGUAUGCAGAGGAAUUGCUUUUGGCUGCAUGUAUGGCAGAUUGUGCGCCUGCUUCUACAACGCUACCACUUGAGCUCCAAAAGGUCAAGGGGCAGGAAGAUCUCUUUGAUCAACCAACACAUUUUCGGAGUCUCGCUGGUAAGCUCCAAUAUCUCACUCUUACAAGACCGGACAUACAAUUUGUAGUCAAUCUAGUCUGUCAACGUAUGCAUGCACCUACUAUUGCUGACUUCAACCUGCUAAAGCGAAUAAUCCGCUACAUCAAAGGCAAUGUUGACUAUGGUAUCUCCUUCUCAAAGAAUGCGGAUUUCACCUUAAGAGCGUAUAGUGACAGUGACUAUGCGGGUUGCCAAACUACUAGUCGUUCUACAGGUGGCUAUUGCACCUUUCUAUGGAACAAUCUCAUCUCGUGGUCUGCAAAACGUCAGACGUCAGUCUCCCGUAGCUCUAAUGAAGCAGAGUAUCGCUGCUUGUCAGACACUACUGCUGAGGUAAACUGGUUAAGAGAUCUCUUAGCAAACAUUAGUAUGCAACUCUACCAUGCCCCAGAGUUGUACUGUAACAACCUCUCUGCAGUCUAUCUCUCUGCGCACCCGACACUCCACAAAAAGACCAAACACUUUAAGGUCCACUAUCACUAUGUCCGGGAACAAGUUGCAGAGGGAACUAUGGUUGUCUAUCACAUUCCAGCAAAGUACCAACUUGAUGACAUUUUCACCAAAUCUUUGCCACUGCAGGUCUUCACUGACCUCAGACACAAACUUGGCGUGGUCUCUCCACCCACACAAAGUUUGCGGGGGGAUGUCAAGAGUAUCACUACUGGACUCACUGAAAACUCAGUCCAGCAAACAAGGUUGGGUCUCGAAGAAACAAUCAAACCCACUGCAGUUUGCUUUCUCACCAUAAGCUCCAACGGUAACAAGGAAAAAAUCCUCACACCAUUUGCUCUGCAACGUAUAGAGGUAAUGCCAAAUACAGCUCACCAUGUGGUCCAAACAAGGAACCAAUUUGCUGCUCUUACCUCACUGAUUCUAUGCUGUUGA